AUGGCAGAUGUUCUCAGUCAAGAACAGAUUGGUGAGAUCAAAGAAGCCUUUGGCUUGUUUGACAAAGAUGGAGAUGGGUGCAUUACUGUGGAAGAAUUGGCCACUGUUAUCCGAUCACUGGAUCAGAACCCCACAGAAGAAGAGCUCCAAGAUAUGAUAAACGAGGUCGAUACAGAUGGAAAUGGAACCAUUGAAUUUGCUGAGUUUUUGAACUUAAUGGCCAAGAAAAUGAAAGAAACUGAUGCAGAGGAAGAUCUCAAAGAGGCUUUCAAGGUGUUUGACAAAGAUCAAAAUGGUUACAUUUCAGCAAGUGAGUUGAGACAUGUGAUGAUGAAUCUUGGUGAGAAAUUAAGUGAUGAGGAGGUGGAGCAGAUGAUUAAAGAAGCAGAUUUGGAUGGAGAUGGUGAGGUUAAUUAUGAAGAAUUUGUGAAGAUGAUGAUGACAAUUGGAUGA